CAGAGAUGGACCUAGUUCCUCUGCUCUUUAUGGCUGCCGCAGGGCUGUGUGCUGCCACAUCACAUGCUAAGUACAUUCGUCGGUACACUUUUGUUUAUACCCCGAAGAAUAUGACUGAAGCGCAAAAGUACUGCAGAGAGAAAUACACAGACCUGGCCACUGUGGACAGCGAGAAGAUUGUGAAGAUCCUGAACGACGCGGCCGAUUUGGACAGAAUGGUCUAUCCGGGAUACCACCAUCGAGCCUGGAUCGGGCUGUAUGAUGACGUGGACAGCUGGAGGUGGUCACUGUCAAACUCAAGCUUCUACCAUACCGGAGAGACGGGCUACAGACAAUGGAAGAUUGGAAGUCCAAACAAUUGUCUGAGUAGAGAACACUGCACACAGAUGAAUGGAAGCGGAGAUUGGGAUGAUAUUGAUUGUGGAGAGUCCGUUAAGGCAGUCUGCAUGGAUGUCAAAGGACUGAAUGUGACAUUUGUCUUGGUCCACAUCCUCAUGAACUGGACUGAGGCCCAGAGCUACUGCAGAGCACACCACACUGACCUGGCCAGUGUGAGGAACAUGGCAGAGAACCAGCAGGUAAAGAUGCUGGUCCCUGCAUCAACACUAGUCUGGAUAGGCCUUUUCAGAGACUCCUGGAAGUGGUCCGAUGGAAAGAAAUACUCCUUUAGUCACUGGGUAGCAUCUGAACCCAACAACAACGGCAAUGAGAUGUGUGUGGCUGCACACUUUGCAAGUUCUGGAAGAUGGCAGGACUGGCCAUGCGGAGAUGAGAGACACUUCAUCUGCUACAAACUCAUAAAGGUCGUUUCGAAGCAGGUGAUAAAAGUGAGGUUGCACAACAAAAACUCCGGUCUGAAUCCGAAUGACGAGACUGUGCAGAACGACCUGUUGGGGAAGAUCAAACAGAAGCUGUGGGCCAAGGGAUUGGAUAAGAACAUCAGGCUGAGCAGUAGGAAGCAGUCGGAUGGAAAGGUCUUCCACAAGGAGCAAAAGAAGGAUGAGCUUUAGUGUUGAACUGUCUGUUUUUAUCAGAGAAAAGGUGUGUUUCUUUUCAAAGUCCUCAACAGAAUAGAGCUUCAACAAUUACCUGAUUAAUCAAUUACUUGUAACUAUUGUUUAUGCUUUUCCUUGUUUUAUAUAUUGACACAAAGUUAAUAUCUUUGAGCUCUUGACUGUUGAAAUUAUAUGCUGGCGUGUUGGAAAUAAUAACCAGCAUUAUCCACUAAUUUCUGACAUUUUAGAUUGUAGAUGAGAUAAAAUAUCUAGAUCAGUUUAUUAAUUCCUGAAGACGCAAUCAGAUUACUGUUACAUUUCUAAAAAUAGGAGAAUACUAGCAGGAUUCCAAUGUCAGUAAAACACUAAACAGAUCAUAUAGUGUUUGAUGUAAAGGACCAGAUGUUCUCUGUUCUGUUCUGUUCUGUUCUGUUCUGUUCUGUUCUGUUCUGUUCUGUAGGAUAAUAAUUUAAGAGGGUUUCCCUUUCUUUGGUUCAUUUGUUCUGUUUUUAAUUAAGUAGAUGAACCUAUAUGUUCAUAAAAAACUGUGUGUGAGCUUAACUGUGUGUAUUAAACUAAAACGGAGCAUUUUCUGUCAGCUCAGAUUUCAUUUCUGCUUUUUAAACUGUUUAAUUUAUUGAACAUGUUGACAAAGAUUUUUUUACAAAGUUUAAAUAAUGAAGUUCUUGUUCAAAAUGGGCAAAAAGAAGCAUAACAACUUUUGUAGUCCUAUCCCCUCUAGCAAAAGUCGAACGUUUUCCGUACAUGGUCGUCAGCGGUCGUGAUAUUUGCCUCGUUUUUUAAAAAUAGAUCAAAUGAAUAUGAAUAAUCUUUACAGGUAAAACCAACAAAAAACCAAUUGUCCGGAAAUCAUCAGUCCUGCUCAUAACCAUUUAAAAUUAAUUUGUUGAAUAUUUCUUUUGUUUUAAUAAAGUUUCACAGUACUUCA